CAAUCUCUCGCGACGUUGGCAGUCUUGGAGGGGGUACAGGCUUGGGAACUGAAGUGUCGCGAGAUUUGGCAGGCCGGUGGGAGUCGUACCUGGCUUGGGGGUCCUGAACACUGCUGCCACGGUACCUCAUGGAGUCUAGGGCAGCCCCAGGGCCUGAUGCCACUGCAGCCUGUUUAGGGCCAAUGCCUGCAUCAGGAACAGCUAUAUCAUCAAUGAAGAAUAAUAUCCACGUUCUUGUGGGAGUCACUGGGAGUGUGGCUGCCUUAAAGCUGCCUCUUCUGGUCACUGGCCUUUUAGAGAUUCCAGGGUUGGAAGUGGCAGUGGUGACCACGGAGAGAGCAAAACAUUUCUACGACCCUUGUGAUGUUCCUGUCACCGUCUACAGUGACACUGAUGAAUGGGAGAUGUGGAAGUGCCGUUCUGACCCCGUCCUGCACAUUGACCUUCGGAGAUGGGCAGACCUCAUGGUAGUCGCCCCUCUUGAUGCUAACACACUAGGAAAAGUGGCCAGUGGCAUCUGUGAUAACUUGUUGACCUGCGUCAUCCGGGCCUGGGACCGAACCAAGCCCCUUCUCUUCUGCCCGGCCAUGAACACUGCCAUGUGGGAGCAUCCCAUCACAGCCCAGCAUGUGGAACAGCUCAAGGGCUUCGGCUACACCGAAGUCCCCUGUGUGGCCAAGAAACUCGUGUGUGGAGAUGAAGGUUUGGGGGCCAUGGCCGAAGUCUGCACAAUUUUGGGCAAAGUGAAAGAAAUGCUUUUGGAGCGGGGCUUGCUACACCAAAGUUGACCCAAGAAAUGGUGCCUGCACUGGUCUGUGCUCAGCUGGCUUUCCAAGGAGAAGAAGGAGUAACACUGAGAAAGACUCUGCUGGAGCAGACCGGUCCCUGGUAGAGUCUGGGCUAAGCGCCCAGGGUCCCCUAUGUCAUACCGGGCCCAUGUGCAGUCAAAGUAGCCAGGAUGACGAGAGAACUCCCUGGAGCUUUCUCAGGCUCGGGUCUGACCAUUGCUUCCCCUGGAUUGGUGCUUCUCAGGAGCAGAUUGGCCCCGAGGACAGAGGAACAGGGAUCGGGCCAUUUGACUUCCUUGGGCCUCCUAUGGGGGUGCAGAUGGCAGCCCUCUCCAGCCACCUCACCCCAGCACUGCCACCGUGGAGGGCAAUCAGGUUCUCUGAUGGUGGUUUGGAUUAUUUCCUUAGAAUGUGGGGGAGCUGGUGUUCAUCAGUGUUUCAUAUACAUUGGAAGGUCGGGAAAUCGAAAUAAAAGAAUUCUGUGCAUCAUGUAGGAACUGCUUUUAGGCUCCUUCUUGGCUAGAGAUCCACAGGCCAUCUGGAGCCCUUGCCGCUUGGUUGAUGUCCUGAGUCACAGCCUAAGGG